UCAUGCUCAUUUUCAGUAGUCGUACCUCUUUGCCCAGCAGGUCAAUAUAAAUAUACCAGUCAGUUGACUAUAUCUUGAGCUAAUUGUUUUUAUUGCUGUUUUUGUUGUUGCUGUGAUGACAUGCUUCCUGAUGUGUGAGCCAUCAGAGCUCUAUAAUCUCCUCAACAGGUGCAGGAGUGUGUCAAGACUGGCCGACAUCAACUACCUCUGUUUGAUUGACACUCGUGAAAGACAAGAUUACAACACGGGGCACAUCAUAACGGCUAAAAGUGCAAAAGUGGACUCAGAGGGUAAAUUCCUCCUGCCAGUGGCCGUGGAGGUCGACACUAUGCAGCACGUGGUGGUCUACGACAGCAACACCAGCUCUUUGCAGGAACAAGGCAGAGCCUUUGACUGUGCCCAGGUUCUGGCUGAAGCAAGUCUCUGUCCUGUCCACAUAGUGAGAGGAGGCUUUCAAAGAUUCACUGCUCUCUACCCUUUCUUGAGGACGGAGAAAAUAAUGUACACCAUCAUGGAGCUGGAAAACCUGAAGACAUAUCCGCUGGAGAUUAAAGCAGGACUGCUGUAUAUGGGUAACCUGAAACAUGGCACGGACUCCACGAUCAUCAGCGACCUGAAAAUCAGAGCCAUCGUCAACGUCUCACAGUGCGACAGCCUGGAGCCAACGCAGAAGAACCUGACCGUCCUUAACAUCCCUGUGGCUGAUUCAGUGGCGUCUGAUUUGUAUUCAAGUUUUGAAAGAAUUUGUAGUUUCAUUGAGUCACACAUCAAUGCGGGCUCUCGUGUCCUGGUGGUUUCCCAGCAGGGCAGGAGUCGCUGCAGUGCUGUGGUCAUUGCCUUCAACAUGCACCACUUCAAAUAUUCACUUAAGGAAAGUGGAGCCUGGAAAUAUAUGCUGAGAUGUAAACCUAACAUGAGGCCAAACACAGGGUUUCUACAGCAGCUUUCUGACUGGGAGCAGCACACCAUGGGAAAUACAAUGACGGAUAUAUCUGAACCAUAUUUUUAAACAAGGAACACAUUUAAAUAAUAUUAUAAAUAAAAGUAAUUAUAUCUGUAAAAUACUGUUAUUGAAGCACUCCUAUACUUUAGUUUGUAUAUGUGCAGUAAAGUGUGUUUAUAAUGAGGUAAACUAUCUAAUGCAGAGUGAUUUGCUUUGUAAUGAAAUGAGCUGCAUAAACAAACUUAGCUAGCUAUCAGAGUUGAAAUUACCUGAGAGAAGUAUGCUUUGACAACGACCACAUGGCGGAGUAGUGGGUAGCACUGUUCCUCACAGCAAGAAGGUCAUUGGUUUGAAUCCUGGUUAGGCCCAUGUCCUUUAAGUGUUUGCAUGUGGGUUUUCUUUUCUCAGGGUACUCCAGUUUCCUC